GUCAGGGUUGAGCACUUCUGGCAGCCUGCCUCGAAGCGCUGGCAUUUUCGAACCGACCUCCACCAGACUGCGUCAUGCGUGGAGAGGUGGUGAGAUUUGCUUCCAAACACUAUAGAUAUGCCGUGUCUGUGCCUGACCUUGGAGUGUUCUUUCUCUGCGUCUCUUACACUUCCUUACUCUUCGAUCGGCGUUUUUCGCAACCAGUCGAACAUCCCUGUCACUCACACAAGAGCUUAAAAAUAUCCCGGUAUCUGGGCAAGGCAUCCAUUACGUAGAGGCGCAUUUGCUCAAGGCUUGGUGGUAUUACGAUUGCCUGAUUGGCAUCCAUCCAUCAUGGCCGACUUCGUGGAACUUGGACUUGAAGGCUUCGACAAAACUGCCGAUAAGUACUUUGACAAAGGAUACGACAAGCUGCACAAUCAUCGGCAUAGAAACGAUCGUUAUCAAGACGACAAACAAGACAACAUGAGUGAAGCGCGAGGACGUGAUCGCGGCUACGAUAGUGGCUCAGACGACAGUUACAACGAACGACCACGACGAAGAGGAAAUCCACGCGACAAUCGCAACGACAUAAGACCACGACAAUCAGAUGAUCGCGAAAGUGACCGACCACGUCGAGUGUCCCCUCCCGGACCACCUCCAGGGCCUCCCCCAGUACAGAGCUACCAGCCUAGCGCAGGCGAUGUACCUCCCUACAUCCCCUAUCAAAAUAUACGCUCAACCAACAACAUCCCACCAACUCCCCAAUACUACCCCGAACCAUCACGUCCCACAUCCCGCGACUACACACCCACCUCCUCAGCACGCAGUCGACCCCGAAACGAAAUGACAAAAUACUCACGCGCCCAAACCCGCUCGCCCUCCCGCAGCCGCUCCUACCGCCAACGCCGCCGCUCAUUCUCCUCCUCGCGCUCCCCUUCUCGCUCUUCAAACCGCGACUACAAAGACAAUCCCCUCAUGGCUUUGGAUAAAAGCACACUUGGCCUCGGAGCUGGCAUAGCAGGCGCCCUAAUCGGCGGCUAUAUCGGACGUGAAACCAGUGAUCGGCAUCAAAAGCGUGGGACUGCGUUGGGUGCCAUUAUCGGCGGUAUAGGGGCCAAUAUCUUGGAGAAAAGGGUUAGAAUCUAUAGGGAUGAGAUGAAGGAGGAGCAAAGAGAGGCAAGGGAGAAGUGGGAUGCGAGGCAUAGCAAGGAUAGGAAGGGGAGGAGGGUCGAGUCCCCGCAGAGAUGGUAAAUGCGUUAUGAUAAUACGAAGUAACGAAAUUGGAAUUUAGUGAAUGAUCGACUCGAGGACUCAUAUGUAUAUGACCCAUCGGUACAGUUCGCAUCACGUUUCGAUGCUCGAC